AUGUCUUCCUCAAAAACUCCACCAGGACCCGCUCCCACAAAAACAACAGGGCCCAAUAUUUUAAGUACAGUUAGUGGGGAUGAAAUUAAAUCUGGAUUGGUCGGGCUUGAGAAGAUUGGGGUUGCGGAUGAUAUUGAGAGAGGAAUCAAAAAAAUAGAUAAGGACACACCAGACGAGCGUCAACAAGAAGAGAGAAAAAUUACACAUCGAAUUUAUAAACUUGACAUAGCGAUCACUUGUUUAUUAUACUAUACGUCUUUGACGUCGAAUUGGUUAACUUUAUUGGGAUCAAGUAAAUCGAUCGGUGAUUUUUUUUAUAAAGUUUUAAUCGGAAGUUUUAAUUUCACCGAAUGGAAUUUUGAUCGUUUUGACAUUGUUGGUAAAAUCAGUGGAGUCACUUGCAGUCUUCAGAUUAUACUCUUUGUUUUAGCAAAUGUGAUAGUUUUGGGUAUUACUUUCAUACAUCCUAACGGUAAAAAAGGAUUACCGGUCAAUCUGCGGGCACCAAUAUAUUAUGGUGGACCAUUUCAAUUUAUUCAUUUAAUGAAACCGUCUUUAAAAGAGUUUCAUUCGUCCGUUAGAAGAAUCGAUGCACAAUUCUCGCAAGUAUUGGAAAUUCUAAGUCAAUUGUUCAUUAUCGUAGCUGCUACAAUUGCGACACACGCGAAAUUAGAAGAUAUCACUGAUAUAAUAAACGCCAAUCCUCAAACAAUAACUCCAAACACUGUAGAUAAUGGAUUAAGUUAUCUCGUGACACGUCAAUAUUUGAACAAUACAACCCCAACAAAUAUUACCUCUACGACCUCGUCUGUUGAUGAGACUGAGUUAACACUUGCGGUACAGAAUGCAGCAUUAUUCACCAAAACAACACUGGUUGUAUCCACAGUGGGGAUUAUAAUGACAUCAUUUUUGAAUGUUUUAAAUUGGAUAUCAAACGUAUGGAGAAUUAAUCAGGAUGAUUUGAUUAUCUAUGAAAUAUAUAAAAUAAUCACUAGAGUGUUAGUUUGUUAUCCAUGUUGCGGAGACAGGUUCGACGGUGGUAAUGAGGAAAUAACUGGUGAACAAGCGAAGGCAGAAUCACAAGCACUAAUGGAGAAGGAAAACCAAAAUUUAGAUGGAAAAAUCGUAUCCCCAGCAUUAAAGAAAGGUACCUAA